AUGGCUUACCUGGUCAGCCUGGAACACCAGGAUCUAAGGGAAUUUAAGGCCAUCAUGGUGCAAAAGGAGAGAGGUGAAAAGGGAGAUCCUGGUGUCAGAGGUGCCAUCGGACCGAAAGGAGAAUCUAGGGUGGGUGGGCUGAUGGGGCCUUUGGGUCCUCAAGGACAACCUGGGGAAAUGGUGCCUGAGGGACCACCAGGACUGAACAGGAAGCCUGGGAGAGAGUUUUCAGAACAGUUUAUUCAACAAGUUUGCACUGAUGUAUUAAGCAACCAAUUACCAGUCUUACUUCAGAGUGGAAGAAUUCAAAACUGUGAUCAUUGCCAGUCCCAACACAGUUCCCCUGGAAUUCCUGGGCCCCCUAGUCCCAUGGGCCCCAAAGUUCCCCGAGGAUUUCCUGGCUUGCCAGGAAGAGAUGGUGUUCCUGGGUUAAUGGGUGCUCCUGGACGCCCAGGUGUCAAAGGAUUAAAAGGUACAUAA